AUGGAGGAAUCAGAACAGGAGAACAACAAAACAACCAGACCACAGCUUUUCACUCAGUCUUUACUGGUUCUACCUGUUUGUCAUUAUCCGCCCAAAUCAGAUUCCAUAUUGCCCAAUCGCUUCUUCCGUCUGCCGGUCGAGCUUCGUCUCCAGAUCUACCGCAUUCUCCUUGUCCGACCGUGCAAGUUUGACCUCCAUCACCAGUUUGGCUGUCAUGUAGGAAUAAUUGGACUAUUCCGACCAGGCCCUAUUGCCCAGCUGGCCACCUCCAAAACGUUUCGAUGCGCAGAGUGUAACAUCCACAAUUGGCGAUCGCAAGACCCAGACCUUACAUCCGACACGCCGGCGAGUAGUCAAUGGGGCCGUCCGAAAAGAAACCCGUAUCUCUGCGACAUAUGCUAUCCGGAGUUGCAGUAUAGACUUGGCCUCGAGAAGUGCCCGUCUAUGAAAGGGUUGGAGUGCCUCUGCGCACGGAGGCAGAAUCUGGCAAUCCUCUUAACCAGCCGGCAAAUUUAUCAGGAGGCAUGGCCGGUUUUCUGGACAGAAAAUACAUUUGCCUUUGAGAGCGGACGCUUGUUGGCCGAAUUCAUGGAAGCAGUUGGUGCUCAGAAGCGUGCAGCAAUCAGAUUCGUCUCGCUGCUUGCACCUAAGAAUAAUCCCUUGCAAGACGACGAACUGCCAGAGUGCUGGCUACAAUUACGAGAGUGCACCGGGCUACGAGAGCUCGAACUAGAUGCUAGUAUACUGGAAAGUUUUGAAGCUGUCGUGGAACUGACGACAAUCAAGACAAGAGAGAUUCGGUUCAUGCAGAAGUCCAAAGACUGGGGAUUCGAUUCGUAUGGCCAGGCCUACCGCGAACGGAAGAUCAUACGCUCGCUGGCGUAUCGGCGGGAGUAUACAGAUUCUCUGCCAGAUAUUUUGGAGCUGUGUAUGACACGAGGAUCGGCGAAUGACAAGGAUUCGCUACGACGAGCAUUCGACGAAUGA